UUCCCGUUCUCAGUCGAGUUGGGAACGUCGUCGCUAGUGAACGUGCUGCAGUUUUGCGGCCCGCGUGCGUUACAUAUCCUCAGAUAUACAGCAGAUAUAGAGGAGCGAGGAGUGUGAGUUGGCUUUUUGGGUCUUGCUGUGGGAAGAAGGGGUGGCGAGCAUAAUAACAUACCACCCUACGCCACCAUUCGCUCGUUCUUCGGUUCCAAUAUUCCGAUUGUCACGAUUCCUUUUCGGAACGGUGGCAGAAGAAGAAGUAGUACAAGGAUAGUGCUUGCCACAGUGACAGAGCCUGAGCCCUUUGAGAAAUGUUAGGCCAAGAAGAGCAUACGUAUAGGUGUUAUCUCUAGGAUUAGAAGCAAUCAGGCAGUCCAAGGAUAACGGUUCUGUGUAGGCUCGUAAGAGUAGUGACAUCCAUUUGAUCGUUUUGGUGGGGCUUGGGAAUGUGAAGAAGGGCAACAUACAUGGCACGAAAAACGAGCUGCCACCGUAGUCGUGAAUAAAGUGAUUAAAGAUUCAGAUGUUUGGAAGAGAGUGAAAUAAUUUCCAGUUUUAGUGGCGAGAGGGCAAAUAGUGAGCUAAGCAAGCAGGCUGCUUGUGCAAGGCGGGUGUGCGAAGUAGACGCAGGAAGAAAGGUGCAAGUGGAGAAGGAAGAAUAGUGAAGUUUAUCAGCCUACUAUGAAUACCUGGUUGUAAGGUGUAGAGAGGUGAAGAAGGUGCAAGUCGAGCGUGUAUUGCUGCAAGAAGAAGUUGCGAUAUCAGAAGCAUAAAUAUGUGGAAAGUUAGCAGAAUGGUACUACUUCUCGAUAGGAAUGUAGUCCUGGGCCAGGUGGCUAACUUGGUGGAAAAUUGAGUGAGAAGAACGGGUUCGGUAGUAAAGCAGGCGCCAGUCUGAGUGGGUGGGAUUCCACCGUGAAGACGCGACCAAACUUCUAAUGUUCGAGAUAUCGCUCGGAAAGUUCGGGCUAAUGGGUUGGGCUUUCGCAAUCUAUCUUGGCCAGGCAAGGAUGGGACUGAAGGGUCGGUUCUUCGGCGUCGAGUGAACUGCCUUCUCAUUCGGAGGAUAUUGAUUGCCUGCCGUGGAAGAAAUUAUCGGGCAAAAUUCCGCAGCGAAUCUGGCCUGGCACGGUGCCUCCGAUGUGCAGCUUGUAUGUUACAGUGUACCGAACGCGAGAAAGCAAAUCGAGAGCGAGAGUCAACUGAGUCUAAACGAAGACAGCAGCAGCGGCAGCAAAAAAAUCGAUAAAAACAAUUCGCUUCUCAUCAAAAAUACAUUUUCACACAAGGCGAGAGCAGAGGAAGAAGUGGCACCUUCCUUCGAGGGCGAGGGGUGUGUUUUUCCCAUACUCGCUCCUGGUUUCGGUCUUUGAAACGCCAUUCGCUUUCUGACUUUUUUCCAUCCUGCCUCCGGGCGAUUUUUACGGUAUUACGGCUGCUAGGCUGACAGCAUACCGAAGUCAGCGCAAGGAGCAAGAAGGACAGACACCAUCCAGCAGAGAGAGAGCAUAACUACGAGAUCCAAGCGCGAGAAGUUACACCAAAUUGGGAGCAAAACAUGGAUUUCCGGAUUACGUUGCUGCUAAUUAUCGGCACGGCGUACGCAGUGGAAGUCCAUUUCGAGACGCCAGACAGUGGCUUCUUCCUCAAGCAUUCCCCGCGCCAAAGUUCGGUGGCGGCGAACACGAACAAAGGGCGGCUAGGCUCCGAUUCCGUCUUAUCGAUAGACAGGUUCACGGUAGUUCAAACCAGUCAACCGGUGUCGAUUCGUGCCAGCUAUGGCCCGUUUUCCACCAAACAAACCGUCCCAGCGAGGUACAUCGUUCCGGAUGUUCUGGAGUCCUCGUCGGACUCCACGCAGAACACCACAGCAGCGUUGAUGGAUCUGCAGCAGUCGAAUCUACACCUGGACAUCUCGGCACAUCUCGUCAAGAAUAGCAUACCACGUGAUUCGCCUGUCCUAAGGGUACUCUUUCACGCCGGAGCAGACCCCGGUGGACACCUCCAGCGACAGAAGAUCUGCGUCCUACUGCAUGCGUCGAUAGGCAACAAGACACCCCUAAAAGGGCGUUGCAUGCCCGAAGGUGAAGAUGGAGUCUGCGUGGCCGAAGUAGUGAUCCCCUCGAACUGGUGGCCUCCUCUGCCACCGCCAGAAAAGGACGGACGUCCGGCAGCCAUCCAGAAGACACCGCAACGCUUGGUCCAGGUGUCGUACAGUGUGUUUGAACCACCGGCGAGAAGUCCGGAACUGUGCGAACCCAAGGUCCAGAUCCAACCGCUGACUCCGUUCGCCAAGGUGCCGCUGGUGCAAUCACUGAUGCCGUACAAGGAACUCCGCGCCGACGAAACGCUCACGAUGAUGGUCCCGCAGCAACCGCUGUAUCCGUUGUCGAAAAUCCACGUUCCGGUGUUCCUGCAUCCGGAACCGGGACAGAACGUUGCCGUGUUCAUUGUGAGGGCUCGCGUCAAGGCUGGCAUGCGAAUCCUGGGAGCCAGCGCUUCUUCGGAUGACUGGAACGUCUCGGUGGAGAAGGAAAACACCAAGCAUACCGUGGCGAGAGUGACGGCCUUCCGUAAGGAUCAGGACCCGGACAGCCCGGUCAACUCGUUCGAUGACACGAGCUCUAACAAAGUAAUGGAAGUAUUCUCCUGGCUGCUGGAAGUGGCGAACGAUACCAAAGAUCAUCACGACGGAGGGCGGAUAGUGUGGUCGGUGAGCUACGUGCACGACGGACCCAAGGUCAAGGAACUGUCAGCCGAAGCGUCCGGUGCUCCGCACGAGGAAGGCCGCAAGAAGAUCGUGGCCAAGCUGGAGAUCCAGAAGGACGACAUCCAGGCAGUGCUUCCGAUUGCGAAGAACUGGGAGCUGAUGAAUACGGCCGUCCUUACUGGCCGUCAGGUAUCGCAGGCCAUGAAGGUCUUCAUCGUUUCGCAAGCGGGGAAGGUUGCGGACGUCACAUUGCAAAGCUCCUGUCAAGCUGAAGAUGAAAGCGUCAUAAAGGUUUCCUCCUCGUGUAGUUCCGUCUACGUGGACGGUUCGGAAGCCCGUGGGUCAUCGAAUGCUUCGGUUCUGGUCAAGUACGGCACCUACUCCGGAUUGGCGAAGUUCACGGUGUGGAUGCCGGAGUUCCCGCUGGAGGUCUCCGUCGCUGAUUUCCGCCUGUCGCAGAUCAAGGGCUGGAAGAUUCCGGAGGAUCACAAUGUAAGUGCAAACGGAAAAAUGCGUCGCCGCAAGCGAGCGUACGGCUGGGGUCAUCACAAUGAAGAUUUCGUCAACGGAGUAUCUCCGGAGAGGAGCGUCUGCCGUGCUCGGUAUCAGCAAAGUCCGGUGGAGGUGUACGCUAGGUUCCUGGCCGUGGAUCAAGAUUCGGGACGAGUGAGUUACCUGAUUUCGCGGCGUACGGGUUUGAGGGUGACGGACCUGGUGCAACCGUUGCUUCGGGUGGCCGACCCGAAGAUUGCAACUCUGAGGGGUAGAACGCUGCAGGGAAGAGCCAUGGGCCGGACAGAUGUUCAGGUUCUUUCACCAAUAACUGGAAGAGUCAUUGGAGCACGGGAAGUGCGCGUCGGAAGCGAUAAGGUUAGCAUAACUCGACUUUUGGUGCGAGUUGUUUCCGGCCUGCAGCUAUCAAUCAGCAGCGAUAACGCCAUUGAGAAUGGAUACAUCGCGGAGACCUCGGUUACCCGGAAGCUAACUGCUCAGUACCAAGAGGGGCUACUAGAUAUCGAUUUGGAAUUUUCCGAUGGUUCGAGAACACCUUUGAGGGACAUUUCCGUAGACGAUUACUUCUUGCUGGUGGAAAGCCUGGACACCGAAGUAGUUGCCUUUGCGCCCAUGCUGGCCUCGCAUCACCCCCGAGUAAUAGCCGUCGGUGAGGGGAAUGGUGAUUUGCUGAGGGUGACGCUGUUGCUCUCCGAGGAGUGUCGACUGCGGCGGAAUAUUCCGGUAUCGAAGCAGGGCAUGAAAUCUUCGGUGGGACCACUGGUGAGCGCCCUUGCCUCGGUACAGGUGGACUUCAGCUCGUCGGACAUCGGCACCCGGCCGGACACGGUGCAGAACGACGGUAUAGCUGGCCGAGACCGCAAAUACCAAGGGCGCGAACUAAGUGGUAAACUGGAUGAUAUUUUGAUAGGUGUCGCGCUCAAGGACGACAACAGCCAGGAACCGGCCGCACUGCAACCUUCCCGGCAGCAUCGGGGAGGUAUCCCAGGGUACGUCAACGGCAAGAGCAUGGUCUACGCAGACGCCACCUCGCUGGAGAUUGGGAUGUACGUUUUGUUGGCGGCGUUCUGCUUGGCUAUUGGAGUGUUCGUCAUUUCUUGUGUUGUGUACGCUUCCAAGUUCCGACCGGUCACGAUCGACGUUACGGGAGAGGCCAGCGUCCGGGACGGAAUGGGAAAUGCUUCGGUGCUGGGUGGCAAGGGCACGGAGUCUACGACGAAUGCACACGAUUGGGUGUGGCUGGGAAGGGCCACGAUGGAUCGGUCGACUAAUGGGCAGGAAAUGAGUGGAAAUCAGAGAGAUUCACGAAUGCACAUAAUCAACAAUCCAAUGAGCUCAAAGUAUGGAGACGCCGAGGAAAGUAUCGUCCAGGUCAACAGCUUCGACAACCCGAAUCACAUCCAGCUGCCAUCCGGUGCUGGUGGAGAGGGACAAAUCGGUGUCGUGAAUUCCUGUACCUACAACAAGCGCGAUCGCAGAAGUCGAAUAGUAAAUGAAGACGAGAAGGCUCCUCCACUUCCACCACAUGGAAUUCCAAUUAUAGAUGGAGUCGACUAUCGUCCACCAGUUCCUCCACACAGGAACAUGGGAGUGACGGCCAACGUAGCAAACAGGUCACAAGAACCGAUCAUCCAGAUGCGCAACCCGAGGCCCAGACUUCAUCCCCGCUUCAUCCGCAACAGCAGCUGCUCAACCACUAACCCAGCAUUUGAAGCACAACUCCACGGCAAUCAACCGCCCCGUAACUUGAACUUCACCCAGCAGCAAAUCAACGCAGCGCUGUUCAACAACAGUAUUCCUCAGUAUUCGGUGCAGCCGAUCGUUCGGCAGUCCACAAAAUCGCCACAUUCUUUCGAAAACAUGGGAUUCUCGGUAGUUCCUCAACAGCAACAACAACAGCAUCAGCAGCAGUUCCAUCAUCAUCCGCCGUCGGCGAUAGUGGCGCCAUCCGGUAGCAGAGCUCAAUCCGACGACCUGCACAUGGCCGAGCGCUUGGUGCAGCAGUGCGCCCAAAAGUCGGCAUUCAAGUUCGACACCAUCAACAAUCAGUCCAGUAGCGGCAGGAGUAAGGCAACGGUGGUUGCCAUCGGCAGCGGAAAUCCCGUGGCCGGAAGUAGUAUUAAAGAAGGCGCACCGACCACGGUGGAAACGACCGCGGAGAUUGCACCGUUGCCGGUCAGCGAGAAGCGACGCUCCCGAGGGGAAGAGUGCAGCAGUGGCGUCAAGACGCUGGAGUCCAGCUCGGACGAUAAUGGCGGCUUUGUGACGCCUCCCGAUGAGCAGCAGCAGCAGACGAACAAUCAGCAGUCCAAAAUACCGAAACCUCCGCUGCCACCGAAGCACAACAAGCCGACGGUCGUGGGCAAUCCCAUGUUCGCGAACACGCCGGACAGUGAGCUGGGCCCAGGGGAAAGCCUCGGAUUGGACGAUCUAGAUAUGGACUACGAACAGAUCAUGCACUAUUUUGACAAUUUGAAAGAAUCGAAUGCCUGAGUGCAGGAGAUCAUUGCAAAGAUUCGCGACAUUUUAUCUACGUUUCAGCAGCAGUACCGGAACGUGGCGAUAUCCCCCGCCAGCAGUCCGACGUGCAUCCCCGGCAUCAACGAUCCGAACUUUGAGCAUUUUUUCGAACACCUGAGUGAGUCGUACGCCUAAGCCCAGGAAUAAAUGCUUUAUCGUUUCAACCGUUGUUGUUCUACCUCCGUUAGUUUCCCGUUUCCGUUGGAGUAAUGCCCCCACCCCCCUGGUGGUUCUGUAUUAUAGAUUGAUCUCAUAAACUUUCUCCGUUACUUUACUAUUGCAAAACCGAAGCCAGCUGUUGUUGUGUCGGUGUUUGGCCAUUAUUUGAAUCGAGCGUCUUUGCAGUGAUCGCAGAAAAAUCGGAAAAUCAAUUUGAAAUGCUUGAAGAAGCAAAUGUAUUAAAGAAACAAAGCGUCUAGUUGAGAUUUGUAGGUAUAGGGAAAACAAGAAGAGUAAACGUACUUCCAUUCAUCAAAUGAGAAAUACAGUGUGUGUAUAGCGUCGUAUCCCAGAAUUAGAUGAAAGCGAGGAGUACAUGAGAGAACACAAUAACUGAUACCAGAAAUACUCGUCGUAUGAUCGUGGCGUAAUUGUAAGCAAAAUUUACUGAAAUUAUUAACAUAACUCUGGCUUAAUCGUAAAUUGUAAAGUUAUAGCUGAAAGCGCUAGUCACGCUCACCGACCUUUUCACUUCAAAUUUCGCGUGAAAACGGGGCAAUAGCUGUUUUUUGAUAAAGAACCACAUUCACACAGACACCUACACUUACACUGCGCAUACACUCACUCACCCACAUCAUCAACCACAGCCUACUACCAGCCAGCUUUGGGUGUUUUCUAGUAGGGCAGGCAACACUGCCUCAUUAGGCGCAGUCAUCCUCCGCGGAUCAGUCAGUCGGACCGAUUUCACAUGGUGGGACUAACUACAUAUUGUAUUAUAAUUUAUUUAAAAAAAACUGAAACUGUAAAUCAAAUUAACGUUCUAGUCAUUGGUUUAAACAAAUUUAAGAGCGAAAGUAAGCAGUAAACAAAUGAUAAUUAAUGCUAAAAGAGGUACAUAUAAACUUAUUAAACGAGAGGUAGUUAUCGAGGAACUAAGUUGAGUACACGGUGUACAGAAUGUAAACUCACACAUAACUUAUAUCUAUGUAUUAUGAUUGAAGCUUUAAAGGAUCGCGGUUUAUAUACAUGUAUAUCGGCUAAACUCAGGCCCCAGUUCUGCUGCAUCAAUUGGCAACUGUUUUUUGAGAGUUCGUUAAAGCAUUGAAAUUAUUACAAAAGAAGGAAAUCCGCUUGGUGUUAUAAUUGAACGGUGAGAAGGUAUGAAACAUAACGAUCCAUAUCACAUCAGAUUGAUAAGAUAUUAUUAUUAUUAUUAAAUUUGUGUAAAUAGGGUUCCCAGUGCAGUUGGGGUGGCGUGACACUUGAUUUUCCCUGCACUGAAAUAUCGGUGUGUCAUUAUUUUGAGAUUUCUCGAUUCUCUAUCGCUAAGCAACCUGUCUGCCAUAUUAGACCAGUAAACUUCGAUUGCAGUUGCGUGCCCCACCCCACCCCCACAAACGCAGAAGAAAUCUGUCACAUACACGGAAAAUGAUACCAAAAAUUAGCUUGUUAAGGACUCGUUAGGCUUAGGUCGUAGGAGGCAGAGAGAAAACAAAAGAGA